AUGGGAGCAGGCACGGUCCUGGACAGUCCUAUGGAGUUUACCAGAAGCAAGCUCCGGACGGUGUGCACCACCAACAUUGCCCUGAACCGCACUGCAACCCAGUCGAGUAUUUUACACCAAGGAUCCCCAGCUCGCGCUGUGGAUGGAAAUGAUAGUCCUUUAUUUUUAAGCAACUCCUGCUCAAACACGAAAGAAGAGACCAACCCAUGGUGGCGAGUCGACCUGGGCAACAGUCUGUGUGUGGAUCGGGUGGUCGUCACCAACCGAAAAGACUGCUGCUCGAACAGGCUGGAAGGCUUUAUGGUUUACGUGGGUGACAACCCCAACAUGCUGGCCAACCCUACCUGUGGGGGAGCGCAGACCGUCAGAGGCAAGGACUUCAUUACGGUGGACUGUGGCAGACUGACCGGCCGAUAUGUGGGCAUAGCUCUGAAAGGCUCCGGCAGGAUCCUUACACUCUGUGAGGUGCAGGUCUUCGGAGGGAGUUCAAACGAAGCAAGCUCCGCACAGUUUGCUGGUAGCACCACCAACAUUGCCCUGAAUCGCCCUGCAAUCCAGUCGAGUACUUGGCAUAAAGGAGUCCCAGGUCGAGCUGUGGAUGGAGACUAUAGUAAUUCUUAUACAAGCAACUCCUGCUCCCACACAAAACAAGAGCCCAACCCAUGGUGGCGAGUCGACCUGGGCAACAGUCUGUGUGUGGAUCGGGUGGUCGUCACCAAACGUUGUGGAAAAUGCUGCUCAGAAAGGCUGGAAGGCUUCAUGGUUUACGUGGGUGACAAUCCCAACAUGCUGGCCAACCCUACCUGUGGGGGAGCGCAGACCGUCAGAGGCAAGGACGUCAUUACGGUGGACUGUGGCAGACUGACCGGCCGAUAUGUGGGCAUAGCUCUGAAAGGCUCCGGCAGGAUCCUUACACUCUGUGAGGUGCAGGUCUUCGGAUGUAUGUCUGCAUUGGACUCUUAA